AUGACGUUAAGCGCCAGUGUAGCUGUGGCUACUAAUGUCGAGCAGGGCGAUCCGGUACAUGAAGCUGAUGCCUGUUUGGUGCUGGCCAAUAAAUAUUGCCAAGAUCCCGAUGCCGAAGAUGCUGCCAAUAUUAUGCGAGUCAUCUCAAUUAAAAACUACAGCGAAGACAUACGAGUGAUUAUACAACUUAUGCAAUAUCAUAAUAAGGCGUAUUUACUUAACAUACCUUCAUGGGACUGGAAACAGGGUGAUGACGUCAUUUGCUUAGCCGAACUUAAACUUGGUUUUAUAGCGCAGAGUUGUUUGGCGCCAGGCUUCUCAACAAUGAUGGCCAAUUUGUUUGCGAUGCGAUCGUUUAAGACUUCACCAGAUACGCAGGCCUGGCAAAACGAUUAUCUCCAAGGUACCGGGUGUGAGAUGUACACCGAAACCCUCUCACCUUCAUUUACCGGCAUGACAUUCCCACAAGCCAGCGAACUGUGCUUUUCGAAACUGAAACUAUUGCUGGUAGCUAUCGAAAUCAAAGGUGCCGAAGAGGGUGCGGAUAGCAAGAUUUCCAUCAAUCCGCGCAAUGCUAAAAUACAAGCGAACACGCAAGGCUUCUUUAUAGCUCAAAGCGCUGAUGAAGUGAAACGAGCCUGGUUCUACUGCAAGGCCUGCCACGAGGAUAUCAAAGACGAAACGCUGAUCAAGAAGUGUAAAUGCAAAAACUUGGCAACGUUCAGGAAAGGCGUCCGCGCCGUCCAAAUGGUGGGACGUGCAAAUGAAUUCCAUCCAGCGCCCACAUUUACGCCGCCAGAGCUGCCCAAGCGGGUGCAUGUGCGCGGAUCAGUAACGGGUAAUAAAAUUAAACAAUAUACCACAUACAUACAAUAAGUCCAUACAUAAAUACAUACAUACUU